CGUUAUUUAGCUAUCUAGUUGUGUAGCAAAUCAAUCGGUGAACAAUGUAUUCUACUGUCCUGCAAUCUGUUAUGUAUUUACAGGUAUCAACAUGGUCCAGCGCUUGACUUACCGUCGUAGGUUGUCCUACAACACUGCCUCCAACAAAACUAGGCUGUCCCGGACUCCUGGUAACCGCAUUGUGUACCUGUACACCAAGAAGGUGGGCAAGGCCCCCAAGUCCGCAUGCGGAAUCUGCCCUGGUAGACUGCGCGGAAUCCGGGCGGUGAGACCACAGGUCCUGAUGAGGCUCUCAAAAACCAAGAAGCACGUCAGCAGAGCCUACGGUGGAGCCAUGUGUGCCAAGUGUGUGCGCGACCGGAUCAAGCGAGCUUUCCUGAUUGAGGAACAGAAGAUCGUUGUCAAGGUUCUUAAGGCACAGGCACAGAGUCAGAAAUCUAAGUAAUUGUGUAUUUGUACUGCUACAAUAAAAGUCAUUCAAGUCCA